GUUGAAGCAUGUGUUCAGGAACGAGCUCGCAAGCUCGGGCGCGCGAGUAGCCGGGGGCCGGAGGCCCCUAUCGUAGUAUAUAACGACCCCGCGCGAUCUCGUGGACAAACGUGCUCGCCGCGCCGUCGCACCGGUUGUUCCAACAGCUCCACGCUUGAAAACAGGACGACGGGCGAGGUGACACGGUUAGUCUAUAUUAUGAUACUUAGCGGUGACUACGAAAAGGCCGGCGUCUAG